AAACUCAAAGCUUGCCAGACAGCCUGUUUUCAUGGUUGGGCAUAAGACUCUCAAGCUUGAACGUUUAACAUCUGAAAGAGAAGGCUGUCUCAUGGAAUGUUUUCUCAUCCUUUGAAUAUUCUUUAUUUCAGAAGCUUGGCUUCUGUGGCAACCAAACAUGGCACUUAGCGUUCUGAGUAGGAAAGAGAAGGAAAGAGUCAUCCGCAGACUGCUGAUACAGGCUCCGCCAGGGGAAUUUGUAAAUGCCUUUGAUGAUCUCUGUCUGCUUAUUCGAGAUGAAAAACUUAUGCACCAUCAAGGUGAGUGUGCCGGCCACCAGCACUGCCAAAAAUACUAUGUCCCACUCAGCAUCGAUGGACACGCAGUACUCUUGUCCCACCACAAUGUCAUUGGGGAUUACCGAUUUUUUGACUAUCAGAGCAAACUUUCUUUCAAAUUUGACCUGCUUCAAAAUCAACUGAAAGACAUUCAAAGUCACGGGAUCAUUCGGAAUGAGACAGAAUAUCUGAGAACUGUUGUUCUGUGUGCCUUAAAACUGUACGUGAACGAUCACUAUCCAACAGGAAACUGUAAUGUACUGAGGAAAACCAUCAAGAGUAAGGAAUUCUUGAUUGCUUGCAUUGAAGACCACAACUACGAAACUGGAGAUUGCUGGAAUGGCCUUUGGAAAUCAAAAUGGAUUUUCCAAGUGAAUCCAUUUCUAACCCUAGUCACAGGGAGAGUCUUUGUGCAAGCCCACUACUUCAGGUGUGUCAACCUUCACAUGGAAAUCUCCAAAGACAUAAAAGAAAGCUUGGAAGUGGUCAACCAAGCUCAGCUGGCUCUAAGCUUUGCAAGGCUUGUGGAAGAACAAGAGAACAAGUUCCAAGCUGCUGUCAUAGAAGAAUUACAGGAAUUAUCGAAUGAGGCUCUGAGAAGGAUUCUCCGGAGGGAUCUCCCAGUGACACGCACUCUGAUAGACUGGCAGAGGAUACUCUCCGACUUGAACCUGGUGAUGUAUCCUAAACUAGGAUAUGUCAUUUACUCCAGAAGUGUCCUGUGCAACUGGAUCAUAUAAAGGAUUGCUCCUGGCAA